AUGACCAACCUCCAAACGGGCCCUUCCGCCCGCGGUCUCUCACGCUUCGCCAUCCCCGCCGUCUGCGCCCUCAUCGUGUUCCUCGGCUACUUCUCGCAAUACCUCUUCAACACCAGCUCCGACCUCGCUCCCGGUCCUCUCACCCGUCGCGAAUCCAUAACCCUCAACACCCUCCUCGUCUGCCUCUGGCUGACCUACUACAAAGCCUGCACCGUCGAUCCCGGUCGGUACCAGUUUCCACGGAAAGAAAAAGAGGAGAAUAACAUUACAAAUGCAGGACAGAACAAAAGAUGGUGCAAAAAGUGCAACGUCCCCAAACCCCCGCGCGCCCACCACUGCCGACACUGCGCCCGAUGCAUCCCGCGCAUGGACCACCACUGUCCAUGGACAGGCAACUGCGUUUCCUUGCAAACUUUCCCGCACUUCUUGCGGUUCCUGGUGUACACCAACGCCGCGCUGGUCUACUUUGCUCGACUUCUCUGGGCAAGACUAUACUACGGCCUCUGGGACCAGCGACACACGCCCGCGUACCUCGGACCCUCAGUGGGCGCGCUGCUGGGGUGCACGAUGUUGAGUAUAGUGUGGUUCGCGACGCAGUUUGCGCUGACGGUGUUGCUGGUUACUACCGUGCGCAGCUGGGUCUUGGGCAAGACGAUGAUUGAGGAGUGGGAGGCUGAGAGACAUGAGUCCCUGUUGGCGAGGAGCUAUGAUGGGGAUGAGUACUGGGGCGCGGAUGGCGCCAGUAGUGGGUUCGUGCCGGUUAGGGUCGAGUUUCCGUAUGAUAAUGGGUUUUGGACGAAUAUGGCGCAGGCUAUGGGGACAGGGAAUUUAUUGAGGUGGUUCUUGCCGGUUGGCGGCGGUGGACCAAUGAUCAACAAUGAGGCGCCGUGGAAGGGCAUCGGGUGGGAGUAUGAGGAGAAUGGGUUUAAUGAUCGGGUGGGCAUGUGGCCGCCGCCGGACCCGGAGAAGCUGCGCAGGGAGAGGGCCGGUGCUGGGGGAAAGUGGCCCGGUGCUAUGCAGAACCUGAGUGCUGAAAGGCCGGAAGUUGAAUACUACCGAAGUUCCGAAGAUAUGAAGGCUGCGUUUAAGAGGAGGCAACAUGAGGAUAUGAGGAGGAGAUCAAGAAGACAGCACUCGUCUGAAGAGGACGAGAUCAUGGCUGAGUUGGAGGAGGACGAGGGGUACGAGCAGCAACGCUCAAGGCCCCGCUCACCACCACAACAGGGCAGGAGAUGGAGGAAUAGCGAGGGUGAUACGCUUUGGGAUUAUGGUGUUGAUGUGGAUGAGGAGGAGAGCUAUGGGCAUCCAGGCCAGGGAGUCUCCGAGUCAGUACCGCUUGUUGGAACGGCGACCGGAUACGAUGAUGGCCAAGGAGAUGAAGAGGACGUGCCGCUUGCGGAGCUAAUACGCAGACGCAGAGUAAAAGGCAGUGGAGGAUAUGAGUGA